UCAGCCUGGUUUUCUGUCUGUGAGUAUGUGGUGUGCUCUGGUGGUUAUGCUGCCUACUUUGGAGAGGGAACGAAGCUAACAGUUCUGGGUAAGGAUACCGUAAGAAUGCUUUAAAAAUACUGUGAUAAUCACAUGUUACAGCUUUCAUGUUCUACGGUCUUGACAAUGCCUUUGGCAGCUGGUCACAAAGUGGUUCACUCUGAGCUGCUGAAUGAAAUGCUGUGUUGUUAUGUGCUUGUCUGGACACAGAAUUUGGUGGUUCAUGUUGCCUUGACGUUUACUGUCAAGAAUGAGAAAGACGGGACCAGUUUAUAGAAGGAGAAAGACAGGACCAGUUUAUAGAAGGAGAAAGACAGGACCAGUUUAUAGAAGGAGAAAGACAGGACCAGUUUAUAGAAGGAGAAAGACAGGACCAGUUUAUAGAAGGAGAAAGACAGGACCAGAUUAUAGAAGGAGAAAGACAGGACCAGUUUAUAGAAGGAGAAGACGACAGUUUAUAGAAGGAGAAGACAGGACCAGUUUAUAGAAGGAGAAGACAGGACCAGUUUAUAGAAGGAGAAGACAGGAACCAGUUUAUAGAAGGAGAAAGACAGGACCAGUUUAUAGAAGGAGAAGACAGGACCAGUUUAUAGAACGAGAAAGACAGGACCAGUUUUAUAGAAGGAGAAAGACAGGACCAUUUUAUAGAAGGAGGAAAGACAGGACCAGUUUAUAGAAGGAGAAACGACAGGACCAGUUUAUAGAAGGAGAAAGACAGGACCAGUUUAUAGAAGGAGAAAGACAGGACCAGAUUAUAGAAGGAGAAAGACAGGACCGUUUAUAGAAGGAGAAAGACAGGACCAGUUUAUAGAAGGAGAAAGACAGGACCAGUUUAUAGAAGGAGAAAGACAGGACCAGAUUAUAGAAGGAGAAAGACAGGACCAGUUUAUAGAAGGAGAAAGACAGGACCAGUUUAUAGAAGGAGAAAGACAGGACCAGUUUAUAGAAGGAGAAAGACAGGACCAGUUUAUAGAAGGAGAAAGACAGACCAGUUUAUAGAAGGAGAAAAAGACAGGACCAGUUUAUAGAAGGAGAAAGACAGGACCAGUUUUAUAGAACGAGAAAGACAGGACCAGUUUAUAGAAGGAGAAAGACAGGACCAGUUUAUAGAAGGAGAAAGACAGGACCAGUUUAUAGAAGGAGAAAGACAGGACCAGUUUAUAGAAGGAGAAAGACAGGACCAGUUUAUAGAAGGAGAAAGACAGGACCAGUUUAUAGAAGGAGAAAGACAGGACCAUUUUAUAGGUGGCAUUUAUGUAUGGUUCAGGUGUGAUGUCAACAACAAACAGAGCCAUUGAUUGAUUGUUAAAGGUUAAACCUUCUUUUAUUUCCUCCCUGCAGACCCAAACAUCACUGUCACUAAACCCACAGUGAAAGUCCUUCCACCCUCCACGAAGGAGUGUGAGGCUAGAAACAAGAAGAAGAAGAAGACUCUGGUGUGUGUGGCCACCGACUUCUACCCCGACCAUGUCACUGUGUCCUGGCAGUUUAAUGGAGGCGCCAUCACUGAUGGAGUGGGGACCGACAACAAGGCCUUGAGGGAUAAAGGUGGGAUAUUCUACAGUAUCACCAGCAGACUGAGAGUCCCAGCCAAGGACUGGAACAAGCCCUCCAACAAAUUCACCUGCAUCGUCGAGUUCUUCAAUGGGACCGUUUACAUAGAGAAGACAGAUCACAUUAACGGAGAAGAAGGUAUUGCCAAAUUAUGAACUAAAACUCUUGUCUUUGUUUAUGAGAAGAAACAGGUUUCGUUGAACUACAAUAGUAUGAUUCUCUUUUUUUUUGGGCAUUUUCUAGUGAAGUGGUUAGUCAAGUAGUACGCUUCUCUGUAGCAUUGGACUAUGUAGAACUAUGAUGUACACUAGCCUGUGUAGAACUAUGAUGUACACUAGCCUGUGUAGAACUAUGAUGUACACUAGCCUGUGUAGAACUAUGAUGUACACUAGCCUGUGUAGCUCUAUGAUGUACACUAGCCUGUGUAGCUCUCUGAUGUACACUAGCCUGUGUAGCUCUAUGAUGUACACUAGCCUGUGUAGCUCUAUGAUGUACACUAGCCUGUGUAGCUCUAUGAUGUACACUAGCCUGUGUAGCUAUAUGAUGUACACUAGCCUGUGUAGCUCUAUGAUGUACACUAGCCUGUGUAGCUCUAUGAUGUACACUAGCCUGUGUAGAACUAUGAUGUACACUAGCCUGUGUAGAACUAUGAUGUACACUAGCCUGUGUAGCUCUAUGAUGUACACUAGCCUGUGUAGCUCUAUGAUGUACACUAGCCUGUGUAGCUCUAUGAUGUACCCUAGCCUGUGUAGAACUAUGAUGUACACUAGCCUGUGUAGAACUAUGAUGUACACUAGCCUGUGUAGAACUAUGAUGUACACUAGCCUGUGUAGAACUAUGAUGUACACUAGCCUGUGUAGAACUAUGAUGUACACUAGCCUGUGUAGAACUAUGAUGUACACUAGCCUGUGUAGCUCUAUGAUGUACACUAGCCUGUGUAGCUCUAUGACGUACACUAGCCUGUGUAGCUCUAUGAUGUACCCUAGCCUGUGUAGAACUAUGAUGUACACUAGCCUGUGUAGCUCUAUGAUGUACACUAGCCUGUGUAGCUCUAUGAUGUACACUAGCCUGUGUAGCUCUAUGAUGUACACUAGCCUGUGUAGCUCUAUGAUGUACACUAGCCUGUGUAGAACUAUGAUGUACACUAGCAUGUGUAGCUCUAUGAUGUACACUAGCCUGUGUAGAACUAUGAUGUACACUAGCCUGUGUAGAACUAUGAUGUACACUAGCCUGUGUCAUCUAAAACCCUCCUUUGUUUCUUUCAGGUCCAGGUGGUGAGGGUGGGAUGACUGCAGGUACAUUUUCCCAUUCUAGACUGAGCGAAUUAUUGUUCGUGACAAAUACAUGGUAUACAUAUAACCUAUAGUUAAUACUGUUUACAAUACUAUCACAUUUAUUCAUGCGUAAUCCGCGGAAUGAUAUUACCUGACGCCCUCUUAAUCAAGGUCAUUUAAAUGUAUUAUUUCCCUUGCUAGUUAAUACUGUUUACAAUACCAUCACAUUUAUUAAUGCGUAAUCCGCGGAACGAUAUUACCUGACGCCCUCUUAAUCAAGGUCAUUUAAAUGUAUUAUUUUCCUUGCAGAGUACUACGUGAACAGCACCCUGAUUGCCAAGCUGGCCUACAGCGUCUUCAUCGCUAAGAGUACCUUCUAUGGACUGGUCGUCAUGGUUCUGAUUUGGAAGCUUCAGGUGAGUUCACUGCAACUAUGACGAGGGACAUCCACUCACCCCUCUCUCUCUUCCUCAAUCUAUGCCUUGUGCUUAGAUGAGUCCCAGAUAUGUUUGUGCUGUCUUGCCAACUCUUAUGGUCGGCGUGACAAUGAUACACUGUAGGAGUUGGCAGGACAGCACAAACAGAUCCGGAACCAGGCUAGCUUUGUGCUAACAACGUUUCUAAAAUGGCACCAUACUGUCUUUAUCCUGUAUCUCUGUGUCUCAUUCAGCUCUCCUCAGAUAAACAGAUGUAAUUGAUCACUGACCGAGACCCAGCCACCCGUGGAAGCUGAGCUCAGUGGACUGGAGGUCGUCAUGUGUGCGCAUAAGGCUCUGGUGAAAAGUAGUGCACUAUAUAGGGA